AUGGGCGACAACAACAAUCUGCGAAGCGCAGUUAUAAACGAGUCGCCUAUGCUGGCCACCCCAUACGGCAACGUGAGGUCACUUGCAGCCCCACCACCCAUUCCACAGUCUCCCUUGCAGCAGAGCUCAUAUGGUUACGGAGGAGGCUACGGCAACGUUGGGGGCUAUGGACUCGGCUUAGGCGGUUACAAUACAGGAGGCUAUAAUGCUGGCGGAUUCGGCUACGGUGGUUUCGGUAUGGGUGGCAUGGGUAACUAUGGUGGCGGCUAUGGGGCGUACAACAGAUUUGGUGGCAUGAAUGCCAACGAUCCUGAGCAGCGUUUUAUACAAAUGGCCGAGGCAAGCUCACGUCCCGCAUUCCAAAGCAUCGAAUCACUGGUAUCGGCUAUUGGGAACAUUGCUUCCAUGUUGGACUCUACGUUCUUUGCGUUGACAAGCUCGUUUCGUGCCAUUCUUGGCGUGGCUGCAAAUUUUGGACGCCUGCGCAGUGUUUUUGCCCAGUUCUGGACAUCGUUUGCUAUCUUCCGCGGUCUAAAAUGGAUUUACAGAAAAAUACUGUUUUGGCUACGCCUUUCGAAUUUGGAUCCUUCGUCGACAGCUUUUAAAAAAGCUUUCGCCGAAGCGCUCAAUGAUAAUAAUGUACAGAAUGGCAGUGCGCCAAAUAUACCCCGAAAGGGCACGUCCCCGUGGCCAGUGUUGGCUUUCAUUAGUUUCAUCUUUACCGCACCAUAUCUGAUCAUGAAGUUGCUGGGCACUGUGACGAAUACGGCGCAAGAGGAAGCCCGCAAUCCCUCCAAGUGGACAGCCCCGAUACAGACGCAGGCCGUGUAUGAUUUUCAGGCGCGCAACGAAAGCGAAUUGACAUUGCGUGCCGGUCAGUCCGUCCAGGUGGCUCCCCGUGAGAUUCAACAGACCCUCCAACUGUUGAAUUCUGGCUGGGCCCUGGCUUCAACAAAUGGCCAGAGCUCGGGCUUAAUACCAAUCAAUUAUGUGAAAUCACCGCAGCAAAUGCGCCAAGAGCGACAGGAACCAGUUAAGCCACUGCAACCGCAGCCCGAGCUGAUGAAUCUGUCUGCAAAUGCAUUCCCCACCCUGCCCAUUGAUCAACAAAUGAACUACGAAUUUAAUUUAGCUGCUCAGCAGCAGCAACCGCUUGGUCCACCAUCCACGACAGGGACAGCGUUCGAUCAAGGAUUUGCUUGAAAAGAGUAAAAGCCUUCAACACUUAGCUUUAAGCCAAUUAAAUUUGUGUUCUAGAUUCCAUCUGAACAAUAAUGAGGUCACCUUCGAGCUGUUAUUUUGUCGGGUUAUUUAUAUCAAAAUUCCUGCUCUUCAUUACCCAGUUAUUGAACAGCAUUUCUCUACACAGAUCCUUAAACAGUGGUAUUUUUUAAACACAAUAUAUAUAAACCUAAGAAAUAACGAAAGAAUAAAUACAUAAAUAAUUAAUAUCUUAAAAAA